AUGAGUCAAUCCCAGAAUGCCAUUUUUACAUCACCAACAGGUGAAGAUAGCAAUCACAGAGACUCGGAGAGCAUCACUGAUGUCUGCUCCAAUGAGGAUCUCCCUGAAGUUGAGCUGGUGAAUCUGCUAGAGGAACAGCUACCACAGUAUAAGCUAAGAGUAGACUCUCUCUUUCUGUAUGAAAAUCAGGACUGGACACAGUCACCGCAGCAGCAGCAGCAUACAUCUGAUGCCCUCUCUCCAGUCCUUGCUGAGGAGACUUUCCGUUACAUGAUUCUAGGUACAGAUAGAGUGAAGCAGAUGACCAAAACUUACAAUGACAUUGACAUGGUUACACAUCUCCUCGCAGAGAGGGAUCGUGAUCUGGAGCUAGCUGCUCGAAUUGGACAAGCUCUUUUAAAGCGAAACCAUGUCUUAUCUGAGCUGAAUGAAGCCUUGGAGGAGCAACUGGGACAAGCCUUUGAUGAAGUUAAUCAGCUGCAACAUGAGCUAUCCAAGAAAGAUGAAUUACUUCGAAUUGUCUCCAUUGCUUCUGAAGAGAGUGAAACUGAUUCUAGCUGUUCUACACCUCUUAGAUUCAAUGAGUCCUUUAGCUUAUCUCAAGGUUUGCUACAGCUGGACAUGCUACAAGAAAAGCUCAAGGAAUUGGAAGAAGAGAACAUGGCUCUUCGAUCCAAGGCUUGUCAAUUAAAGACAGAAACUUGUACUUAUGAAGAGAAGGAACAACAGCUUGUCAAUGACUGUGUUAAAGAACUUUGUGAAACAAAUGCUCAGAUGUCCAAAAUGACUGAAGAAUUGUCAGGGAAGAGUGAUGAACUGAUUCGAUAUCAAGAAGAGAUCUCCUCACUCUUGUCUCAGAUUGUAGAUCUUCAGCACAAACUUAAAGAACAUGUUAUUGAAAAGGAAGAACUAAGACUUCACCUACAAGCUUCCAAAGAUGCCCAGCGACAACUGACAAUGGAGCUACAUGAGUUACAAGACAGGAACAUGGAGUGUCUGGGAAUGUUACAUGAAUCCCAAGAAGAAAUAAAGGAACUUUGUAGCAGGUCUGGCCCUGCCGCUCAUCUCUACUUCUCCCAAUCUUAUGGAGCUUUUACUGGGGAAUCUCUGGCAGCUGAGAUUGAGGGGACCAUGUGUAAAAAGUUGAAUUUGGAUGAGGAAUCUCUCUUUAAACAAAAAGCCCAACAGAAACGGGUAUUUGAUACUGUCAAGGUUGCAAAUGACACAUGGGGCCGCUCUGUCCCAUUUCCAGCCCUGCUGCCCAUCCCAGGCUCAAACCGUUCCAGUGUCAUCAUGACAGCAAAACCUUUUGAAUCUGGUGUACAGCACACAGAGGAAAAAACACUCCCAAACCCAGGGAGCAACUUGGAGGAGGUUCCAGGGCGCUCUCAGUCAGUGAGCCAACCAGAGCCCUCUGAAGAUAGUGAUUUGGCUACAGCACUGCAUUGCCUUAGCCUGAGUCGACAGAAUUAUUUAAGUGAGAAGCAGUUCUUUGCCCAAGAGUGGGAACGGAAGAUCCAGGUUCUUGCUGACCAAAAAGAAGGGGUUAGUGACUGUGACACUCCCACAGAGAGCCUUGCUUCUGUUUGCACCGACCAGUCAGAGAUCACAGACCUCAGCAGUGCCAGUUGCCUUCGAGGCUUUAUGCCAGAAAAAUUACAAAUUGUCAAGCCCCUUGAAGGAUCACAAACUCUACAUCACUGGCAGCAGCUUGCUCAACCAAACUUGGGAACCAUUCUUGAUCCACGACCAGGCGUCAUUACUAAAGGGUUUACCCAGUUGCCCAAAGAUGCCAUCUAUCACAUCUCAGAUUUAGAAGAAGAUGAAGAGGAGGGUAUCACUUUUCAGGUUCAGCAGACUCUUCACGUGGAACAGAAACCCACAGUAUCCAAACCAGUAACAGGGAUCUUCCUACCACCCAUAACUUCAACAGGUGGAGCAGUUGCAGUUUCAACCUCAAACCCAGGAAAGUGUCUGUCAUGCACGAACUCGACAUUCACCUUCACCACCUGUAGGAUAUUACAUCCCUCUGAUAUCACUCAGGUUACCCCUAGCUCUGGAUUUCCUUCGAUAUCCUGUGGAAGUAGUGGAAGCAGUUCAUCAAACACAGCUGUGAAUUCUCCUGCCAUGUCCUAUAGACUCAGCACUGGUGAAUCCAUCACAAACCGUCGAGAUUCUACUAUAACCUUCAGUAGCACCAUGAGCUUGGCCAAACUUCUACAGGAGCGCGGCAUCUCUGCUAAAGUGUACCACAGCCCAGUUUCAGAGAACCCCCUUCUCCAGCCUCUUCCUAAAACCCUGGCUAUCCCUUCCACACCUCCAAAUUCCCCAUCUCACUCACCAUGCCCUUCUCCCUUGCCCUUUGAGCCCCGACUGCACUCUGAAAAUUUUUUGGCCUCCCGUCCAGCUGAAACAUUCCCCUAGGAAAUGUAGGGCUUGAGACCUUCCCAGAACCCUCCUGAUGUGGGUCAGUUGAAGAUGAACCUAAUGGACAGACUGAAGCGACUAGGGAUAGCCAGAGUGGUCAAGACCCCUGGCACCCAGGAGAAUGGAAAAAGCCAAGAGGCAGAAAUUAGUCUACAAAAAACAGAUUCUGCUGUUUAUUUAAAUUCAGGAAGCAGCUUAUUGGGUGGACUGAGGAGGAAUCAGAGUCUUCCAGUCAUGAUGGGUAGCUUUGGUGCCUCUGUUUGCACCUCCUCACCCAAAAUGAGUAUCCUGAAGGAGGACUGA